AUGCGGUUUAAGUCGAAGACCAUUAAGUUUGAAGAUACGUGGAGAUCCUAUCCUGUGGCUAAGAGCAUUGUUUAUCAUUCUUGGAAGAAGAAUGAUGUUGGUGAUGAAUAUACGAUUUUACAAAGGAAGCUUAAUCGUACCUUGAAAGCUUUAUUUUUUUGGAGCAAAAACAAAUGCAAAGACCUGAAUGUGUUAAAAGAGAAACUGAAGAAGGAGAUCCUUGAUUUGCAAAAUAAGGAAGCAUUGAAUAUUAAUUGGUCUGUUGAAGACCUUUUUGAACUUAGAAAUAAAGUACAUGAACUCAAUGUUACUUUGAGAAGACUUUCUACUUGGUGGAACCAAAGAGCUAAUGCUAGGUGGCAUGAGGAAGGUGAUGCAAAUUCCAAACUUUUUCAUAGCUUUGCCACGGCUAGAAAGAAUGGAAAUCGCAUUUUUCAAAUCAAAGACGAAGCAAACAAGCUGCAUGAGGAGGAGGAUCAAAUUGAGAAGGUUUUCACAAGUUUCUUUGAGAAGAAAUGGAAGCAUAGGGAGUGUGAGAUUUUGGUGUUUCAGCAAGGGAACAACAAGGCUCCAGGUUUGGAUGGCAUCACUUCCUCCUUUUACAAGAGUUAUUGGAACAUUGUAUGGGAAACUCUAUGA